AUGGAUCUAUCUGGUCAUCUUCGAACACCAUCACAAACGUCUCUUUCCUCACUUUCAAAUUCUCCAAAACUUCAUUUUCUCAUUCCAAUACUUCCUGUACUAACAAUUUUUGGUCCCGGAUUUCAAUCUAUAUCAACCCUUACAUUUUUAUGUAUAGGCUUUAUGUUUGCUUAUAUGAAUAUGUUGGGAUCUGUCGGUUUAAAAGGCUAUCCGGGAAUAAUAUUCUCUAUCGGUUUAUUGGUGAAUCUGAUUAUGCUUAUAAGUUUGAUUUUAGACAAAAUUUCUCAACAUAUGUUUAGUGUUGUUGGGUGGGCAAGAAUUUUAACAUUCCCUUGUGUUUGGACGGAUGAAAUUUUGCAAUUCGCUUCAUUUGCCGGUUUAGGUGGCAUAAAUUUUAUCCUAGCUUGGGGUGGUCCUAUAGGUUGUGACGUACUCACUAAUUGGCUUCUAACCAAUACAAAAAAAUCAUUAAAUGGUCAAGAUACUGGUCCGUUGAUGGUCGAUCAAGAUUUGGAAGACCAUAGCACUGACACAAUUUUACCCAUCAACAAUAGUCAUCGUAAACGUCAUUUAAUUAAAUUUUCUAUACCUCCAAUUUUUACUUCCCUUUUUGUAUAUUUAAUCGCGCUAUUUUUAGUCAUCACUUAUGGUUCUAUUAGACUUUCAACUGGAUACGUACCAUUUUAUCAGCAAAAUAUUAAUGAUUUCGCUCCUUCCUCGUUAAUAACGAUGGGUUGUGUAAUUCGUCAAAAUUCUUCAACUAAUUCCGAUUAUAUUGAAACAACUCGUGAAUUAGCUACAAACGGCAGCAAAAUAGUGUUAUGGUCAGAAGGCUCUGGAAAUAUAACUGAUACUACCCAAUUAAAUGACCUUUUAAUCUCACUCACAAAUAUUUCUCAAACUUAUAAUACAUAUGUAGGUGUUGCGUAUAUCGACUUUCGUCCUGAACUACCUCAUUAUAAUAAAUUAGCAGUUAUUUCUCCAUCAGGUGACAUAAUAAUAGAUUAUGCAAAAUCACAUUUAGUUCCAUUUCUAGAGAGUAGCGUAUUUAAGCAAGGUGCAAAUGUGUUGCAAACUAACAUAACGAAAGAAUUUGGUGUUAUUGGUGCGGCAAUUUGUUUUGAUUAUGAUUUUCCAUCAUUAAUUAAACAAGCUUCUAGUAAAGAUGUGAAUUUAAUGUUGGAUGCAAGUCCCGUAGGAAUUCUUCAUGCUCGUAUGAAUGCUAUCCGAUCAAUAGAAAAUGGUUUCACUAUGUUAAGAUGUAACGCAAAUGGAAUAUCCGGUGUUUGGGGACCAUACGGUCAGCUUUAUCAUUAUGUACCAACUACAAUUACAAAUACUAAAUUUACCAUAUUUCAAGUACCAUUGUAUCCAAGGGUUAAAACUGUUUAUGGUAUAUUUGGUGAAACUUUUGGAUGGAUGUGUGUUGCUGUGAGUGGUGCGAUAAUAAUUGCUAUGAUAAUAGAGUGGAAAGGAAGUGCGGAAUGGAAAGCAAUUAUUUUGAA